AUGUCUGAAAGCAACCUCACGUCAUUAGUAUGCGUCAUAGCUGGAUGUGGACGUCCAGCAAAUGUUUUAUGUCAUUGUUGUAAAGAAAAUCUUUGCCGAAAUCAUUAUAAUGAACAUGAUUAUCUGAAUUCAAAAUUAAAUCUCUUAGCUGAUGAAAUUGAUACAUUUGAUCGACAAUUAUUAGGAGUUGAUUUAAAAAAAUAUACACAAAAUUCCAAUGAUAGACUUCAUCAAUGGCGUCUUGAUAGUUAUAAAGCAAUUGAUCAAUAUACAGAUCAAAAAUAUCGUGAAAUUGAACAAAAUUUAAUGAAAAUAAUCAAUCAAAAACGUGAACAUAUCGAACAAAUUCGUGCAAAUAUGCUUGAUAUUGUACAGAAACGUAAAAUGACAUUGGAAAUAAUUGAUUCAUUAACAACAAAUCUUCGUUCAGUUGAAAAUGAAAUGAUUGAUAUUGAUCAAAAACAUCUUACAAUUCAUACAUCACCAUUAAAUAUUGAUAAAAAUGCAAUUCAAAUUGAAGAAUUAACAUCACAAGAAUUUGAUGUUGCAUCAAUUCCACCCGUAUAUAAAACAAUUGAAUAUCCAAAACCAGGUAUAUAUCCAAUAGCAAGUAAUAAUCAAUAUUUAUUAAUUCAUCGUGAACCAAAUUUAUGUAUAAUUGAUCGAUAUAUUAAAGUAAUGAAACAAAUUCCAUGGACUCAUGGACAAAUAUUUGAUAUGUGUUGGUCAUCAGCAUUAUCAAAAUUUUUUCUUAUUACAUUAAAUCAAAUUUAUAUAUUUGAUAUUAAUUCAAUAUCGAUUGAACGUAUAGAUACAACACAAAAAUUACGUUGGCUGUCUUGUACAUGUUCGGAUUCAUCAUUAUUUUUAUCAACAAAUGAAAAUGGUUCAUCAAUAUGUGAAUUUAAUCUAUUAAAUUCAUUACAAUCAGCUAAACGAUGGGAUGCACCUGAUACAUGUCGAGAUGAUGAACGUAUACAUGAUAUGAUACAUAAUAAAGGAACACUAUUUUUAAUAAUUGAAAAUUCGGUAACAGGAAAAGUUCGAGCAGAAUUAAAAUCCGCAGCAAGAUUUGAUCGUUUAUGGUCGAUACAAUUAGAUAUUAAUUAUCAAUCAAAAAUCGUUAGUUGUUGUUUACUUGAUCAUGAUCAAUGGUUAAUAGUUGAUAGUAAUACAUCACGCCUUUUUCAAAUAAGUAUGGAUGGUAAAAUGAAAUCAUCAUCGUAUUAUACUCCAGUACCGUGCUGUGCUUGUCUUUUUGGUUUUGAUUUAUUAGCUAUAUCAACACUUAAUGGUAUUACUAUACAUAAAGUUUAA